AUGUCCGACAUUCAAGAGAAUACAGAUUCAUCGCUUCUCGCGGCUAAAAACCCUCGCGAUGAAAGGAAAGAAGACAUCGUUAGCCAUCAAAGCGAACCUGGUCCUAGAAUGAGUCAACGUUCAAGGGUACCGACUAUUAAGGGAAAAGAAUACCAAGAUUAUCAGUUACAACGGGACUAUAUGACUGCAGUAAAAGCAUGGCGAAAACAAGCAAAUAAAGCCGAGGCGGAGUUACUAGACUCUAACGAUGUAGAGCUUCUACAGCAAGAGCGAACGAAGCUUGAUUCCCGUAUGGACGAUCUUUCAGAUGCUCAUAUUAAAUACGUGUCUGAAGUUACACCAAGCGAACAGUUUAAUUUCGAUAGUUUGUGUGAUACGCAUCGACGAAUCCUUAGUGAUUUGAAUAAAAAGAUUACCAAUUUGAAAGACGAUCGGAGUUCCGUUAGUUCAAAGCGGUCACGACGAAGCGGGAAAUCUCGAAGGUCGUUUGGAACUACAUCUUCAGCUGCCCUACUCAAGACGGAGAUGAUGGUGAAAGCAGCAAGAUUGGAAACGGAACUUAAGUUUCAUGAGAUUGAAAGAGAAAGAUCAGCUGAUUUGAAAAGACGUGAAGAUGAAUUGAAAAAACUUCAGAUGAUGAAAGAGCUUGCUGCUACGCAAGCCGAGAUUGAGGCAGUGGGUCAAGUGGAAAAUUGUUCGAACUCUGGUUUAAAUAUGGAGAACGUGUCGAAGCUCGUAGCGGAGGGAGAUUCUCAAGAGCGAGUAGAGCAGUACGUUCAAUCCCAACAAGCCCACAACCUGCAUAAAGGUCUACUUUCUGUUGAUGAGGAAAUAUCUCAGUCUGUUAUUGAUCCGAACAUUGCAAGUCAGCAAAAUUCUGCAGAACAAUUGGUCCGGGAUCAAAAUUUCCAUCCUUCUGCGAUGUCCAAGGAGGGUAUUUCCAAGAAUGUCUCUGCCAGGGGCGGUGUUACCCCUAGUGCGGUCAAGGUCUCCACGCACGAAGAUCCUAUUACGAGGUUGGCGGAUCUGCUAACAGAACGACAGGAUCAUGAUAAACUUCCACGACCUCAACCGGAAGUUUUCAGUGGCGAUUUUCUCCAGUACCCAAUAUGGAUUAAAGCGUUUGAGACAUUUAUCGAAAGAAAAACAAAGUUGUCUUCCGAACGGCUGUAUUAUUUGAGCAAAUUUACAUCGGGCGAAGCCAAAGAAGCGAUUAGUGGUCUCCUGUCACUGGAUUCCGAAGAGGCCUACGUAAAGGCUAAGAAGAUAUUGACGGACAGGUUUGGUAAUGCGUUUCUCGUAUCAAACGCCUAUAGAAAGAAGAUCGAGAAUUGGCCGAAGAUCCCCCCGAACGACGGUCCAGGUCUGAGGCGAUUCUCAGAUUUCCUUCAACACUGCAGGACCGCGAUGGAUAGCAUACAGUAUCUAAACGUUCUGAACGAUCCCGAAGAAAAUCGGAAAUUUCUCAACAAGCUUCCGACACAUCUUGUUAACAGAUGGGUUCGCGUAGUGGAUCGAAGGAUAGCAGAUGACCUUAGCGACGACGGUGAUGAAGAUAGAGCAUCACGAGUUGCGUCUGGAUCGGGUUACCCCACGUUCGCCGAAUUCUGCAAGUUUCUUAAGAAAGAAGCCAGGAUCGCUUGCAAUCCCGUAACCUUUCAACGCCUUCCCAAGAAGGAGGAACCGAACAAGAUACACAAAGCAAAGGUUUUCGCUGUCAAUAGCGUUGCUUCACAGACGACGAAUGUUCCUGAUUCAGAGACAAAGAUUAUUAAGAAAAUAAGUUGCAUAUUCUGCAAAGAAGCACACGAGCUUGAUGUAUGUGAAAAGUUUCUCAAAAUCCUAUUCAUCAAGAAGAUUGAGGAGAGUCAUGGUUUACGCCCUUUUGGACGAGCAAUCAGAUGCCUGUUUUAUCAAGGACUCAAUAUUGAAUGUUCUUGAAGUCGACGGUCCAGAAGUACCACUUGAACUUUCCACAGUGCUCUCUCACGAAGUUAUCAAGUGUCAGAAAAUCACUGGUCUGGUUUGUCGUGGCAUCAACGAAACUGUAGAAGUAUCCCUACCGAGAACGUAUACGAAAAGUCAGAUUCCAGCCAGAUCAGAGCAGAUUCCAAGACCCGAGUCAGCCCGUAUGUGGCCGCAUCUGGAAAAGAUCGCGGAGAAAAUAAUGCCGUAUCGAAGUGAUGUAGCAGUUGGCCUUUUGAUAGGAACGAGUUGCAUACGAGCGAUAAAACCACGAGAGAUAAUCACCGGAAAUGAUGAUGAUCCUUACGCUAAGAGAACAAUUUUGGGUUGGGGAAUCGUUGGUACGAUCGAACCUGGUGAAAAUAAAGAUGUUGAGGAUAGUCAGGUAAUCGUGAAUCGAACAUUAUGCGGGGAAACCCAAGUUGGUAAAGAUAGAAAGGUGUGUCAUCUGGCUUUCAAGACCCAGACGAAAGAAAUCCUUAGCGCAAAUCAGGUGAACAAAAUGUUCGAGUUGGAUUUCAGUGAUCGAGAAAAGGGUAAAUCACUUUCGUACGAAGAUCGUUUAUUCAUCAAGAAGAUUGAGGAGGAAAUACACCAACGUGACGACGGUCAUUACGAAAUGCCUCUACCAUUUAAGGACGAGAACAUUAAACUUCCAGAUAAUAGGAAGCAAGCUUUCGCCCGCCUUCAGAAAUUGAAACAACGUCUGAAAAAGGACAAGAAAUACCACCUGGACUAUUUGAAGUUUGUUUCUGAUACCAUCAAUAAUGGGUAUGCAGAACGAGUUCCUGAAGGAGAGUUGAGUCUCAAAGAUGGUCGAGUCUGGUACCUAUCGCACCAUGGGGUCUAUAAUAGCAAGAAACCAGAUAAGAUACGAGUCGUUUUCGACUGCAGUGCUGUGUACGAAGGAGAGUCUCUGAAUCGAAACCUACUUCAGGGUCCUGACCUAACCAAUAAUCUGUUGGGGAUAUUAUGUCGCUUCCGCCAGGAUAGUACCGCCCUUAUGUGUGAUUUGGAAGCUAUGUUCCACCAAGUCAAGGUUAAUGUGGAAGAUCGUAAUUUCCUUCGUUUUCUCUGGUGGAAGGAUGGCAAUUUAGACGCUGAGCCUGUCGAAUAUCGAAUGUCAUCGCAUCUAUUUGGAGCCACCUCAUCCCCUGGUUGUGCUAACGUUGGUUUGAGGAAGACUGCUGAUGACUAUGAGAAGAUCUGCGGUACCGAAGCUGCUGAUUUUGUAAGAAAUAACUUUUACGUGGACGAUGGUUUAAAAUCCGUUCCUUCACCUAGUGAUGCUAUUUCUUUGAUCGAAAGUACGGAAACCCUUUGCAAGAAAGGAGGAUUUCGUCUCCAUAAGAUUAUAUCGAACAGUCAGUGAUAGACACAAUUCCACCCGAAGAUCGUGCGAAGGGUAUCAAAGACCUGGUUCCAAGUUGUGACGCGCUCCCUAUCGAGAGGGCUCUUGGUGUCCAGUGGUGUGUGGAGUCAGACACUUUUCAAUUUAGAAUUGAAUUGUCAGAUCGACCGUUGACGAGACGAGGUGUCCUGGCUACAGUCAGCUCGGUGUUUGAUCCCUUGGGGGUCCUUUCUCCAUUUGUCCUACUUGGAAAGAAAAUUCUACAGCAGUUAUGCAGGGAAGCUAAGGAGUGGGAUGAAAAAGUUCCAGAGUAUCUGGUGCCAGAAUGGGAAAGAUGGCGGAAAGAUAUCUGUCUUCUAGCACAGUUGAAGAUUCCUCGGUGUUACAAACCUGAUGGUUUUGGUGAGAUCGACGUUGUCGAGUUGCACAACUUUUCUGACGCAAGUGAAGAGGGAUAUGGUCAGUGUUCAUACCUAAGGCUCAUUGAUCAUACUGGUAGAAUUCACUGCUCGCUGGUGAUGGCAAAGUCUCGUGUCGCGCCAUUGAAAUCCGUAACUAUUCCAAGGCUCGAGUUAACGGCUGCUUUGGUGAGUGCGAAAGUCGGCACUUCACUUCGAAGAGAGCUAGAUUACAACGAAAUUAACGAAAUAUUUUGGACGGACAGUAGAGUUGUACUCGGGUACAUUUUUAACAAUGUGCGACGGUUUCAUGUCUUCGUGUCAAACAGAGUGCAGCAGAUUCGUGAACUGACUUCAGUUGAUCAGUGGAGAUAUAUACCAACGAAGUCCAAUCCAGCCGAUUUCGCCUCUCGAGGUCUGGAUGCCCAACGUCUUCUCGAUAAGAGAGAGUGGUGGUUUGGUCCGGAUUUUCUCUGGUCGAAUUUUGAUCCUGAUUAUGGCAGGAUUGACGAGGACAAUAACAUCGCUGCCGUCUGCCCGGACGAUCCAGAAGUGAGGAAGUGUUCAGUUAUGAUAACGAGAACUGAAGAGCAUGCUGGUAUAGAAGAGCGUUUGAACCGUUUCUCGAGCUGGUUCAAAGCAAAACGAGCGAUUGCAAUUUGCCUUCGAUUUAAGGAGAUUCUCUUGGCCCGUCUGCGAAAGAGAAAGUUAUCUGGAGAACAGUCAAGUGACUCAAGCGAGGAAAGUUCCAGAGUUAUCUCUUGUAAUCCAGUGAACGUCGAUGAACUGAACGAAGCUGGAAAGGAAAUUAUACGAGCUGUACAACGAAAGUCAUUUAUCAAGGAAACAUUGUUACUUCACCAGAGAAACGUCGAAGAAUCGUCUCCGAACGUUGAAAGAGGGAAUAAAGAGAGCCAUGGGGUCCCGAAAUCCAGUUCCUUAUUUCGACUUGAUCCAAUUCUUGCGAAAGAUGGAAUUAUACGAGUCGGUGGACGGAUUAGGCGUGCGAAUAUGCCAUUGGACGUUAAGCAUCCGUGUAUCCUCCCGAAAAAAGGACACGUGACUGAAUUGAUCAUAUGUCAUUUUCAUCAGAAAGUCGCUCAUCAGGGACGUGGAAUGACCCACAACAGCAUUAGGUCUUCCGGAUUUUGGAUUAUUGGUGGUGUUUCGGCAGUUUCCAACCAUAUUUCCAAAUGUGUGAAGUGUAGGAAAGUAAGGGGCGAGUUGCAGAAACAAAGAAUGGCCGACUUACCCGAGGAUCGUUUGGAGCCUUCUCCACCUUUUACCUACAGUGCAGUUGAUUACUUCGGACCCUGGUUGGUCAAAGAGGGACGAAGGAACGUUAAAAGAUAUGGGGUUUUGUUUACCUGUUUGGUUUCGCGUGCUAUUCACCUGGAAACGGCGAUUAGUUUGGAUACGAGUUCUUUCAUGAACGCAUACCGUCGUUUUGUUGGCCGGCGAGGACCGAUACGUCAAUUGAGGUCUGAUCGCGGAACGAACUUUGUUGGAUGCAGGACAGAGCUUCAAGCUGCACUAAGUGAAAUGAACCAAGAGACUGUGAGGCAGAAACUAUUGAAGGAGAACUGUGACUUCAUCAAGUUUCAAAUGAAUGUCCCUCAUGCAAGUCAUAUGGGGGGCAGUUGGGAACGUCAGAUCCGAAGUGUGCGGAAUGUUUUGUCUGCCCUGCUGGAUGCACAUGGAGAACAACUGGACGAUGAAUCUUUGAGAACGUUUAUGGUAGAAGCUGAGGCGAUCAUUAACAGCCGUCCAUUAUCUUUGAACUUCGCAAGUGAACUUGAACCCCUUACACCGAACAACUUGUUGACAAUGAAGAGUAAUAUUAUCCUUCCCCCUCCCCGUGAAUUUCAGCGUGCGGAUGUCUAUUCAAAGAAACGAUGGCGUCGUGUACAGUAUUUGAUCAACGAAUUCUGGAGCCGUUGGAAGAAAGAGUUUCUUCAGUCCCUACAAACUCGUCAGAAAUGGGUACGACCCCAGAAAAACCUUAAGAAAGGGGAUGUUGUUGUCGUUAACGAUGAAGAUUUGCUUCGUAACCAAUGGAAACUCGCACGAGUCGCGGAAACAUUUCCUUCAGACGAUGCCCUGGUUAGAAAGGUUAAGUUGGCGAUGGCUGACUCCACGUUGGAUAGCAGAGGAAGAAGAAAGCGACCAAUCUCAAUCUCAAUCGACCGGUGCACAAGUUGGUUCUACUGCUGUCGAAUGAAGAGUUUGAAGACCAGGGAUUCCCCGACGAAGGAGCCAAAGAUGACAACGAUAAGUAGAAUUUGUUUCAAAGUACAUUUAGGUGUCAUAAAUUUUAUUAUAUAUAAAACGAACAAAAAAUAG